AUGGCCGAAUCAAAUGAUUACCACCAAGAGCCCAUGGCCAUUAUUGGCUUCGCGUGCAGACUCCCUGGCGGAAAUAACUCGCCGCAAAAACUCUGGGACUUCUUGGAAGCCGGAUCGGUGGCUUCUCGGGAUGUCCCCGAGACUCGAUUCAGCUUCGGUACUCAUUUCGAUGGGUCAAACAAGCCAAAGACUAUGCGACAAGCUGGUGGCAUGUUUCUAGGAGACAUCGACCUGGCGGAUUUCGACGCCGGGUUCUUCGAGGUAGGAGGUACCGAGGCAGUGGCCAUGGAUCCGAAUCAGAGACAGAUGCUCGAGGUUGUCUUUGAGGGUCUGGAAAAUGCUGGUAUUCCACUAGAGAAGCUGGACAAUGCGCCGGUGGGCUGCUUUGUGGGAUCUUACUCUUCUGAUUACGCCGAUAUGCAGGCCAGGGACCCCGAGGAUCGUCCCGCAGGUAAUGCCCUCGGUAUUGGCCGAACUAUUAUGGCCAACCGUCUUUCCUACUUCCUCAACAUCAAAGGCCCGUCCGUAACCCUCGAUACCGCCUGUUCAGGUAGUCUUCAGGGUUUGGAUCUCGCAGCUCGCUACCUAAACUCCCGUGACAUCGAUGCUGCAAUAGUUGCUACUUCCAAUCUAUAUUUGUCCCCUGAGCAUGUUAUCGAUGCCGGUGCCGUCGGCAGUGCGCAUUCGCCUACCGCCCUGUGUCAUACCUUCGAUGUGGACGCCGACGGUUAUGUCAAAGCUGAGGCCGUUUCCACCGUGAUCGUGAAACGGCUCUCUGAUGCCAUCCGUGAUCGGGAUCCCAUCCGGGCCGUUGUUCUUGGAACUGCGUCCAAUUCUAAUGGUAGAACUGCGGGUAUCGCGUCCCCGAAUGCGGAGUCCCAAGCGGUGGCCAUUAGAGCUGCAUAUGCACAUGCCGGAAUCACCGACUUCAAUGCCACGACUUACUUAGAAUGCCAUGGAACGGGUACCCAGGCGGGCGAUCCGACCGAGGUGCGAGGUGCGGGGAGUGUGUUUGCAGCGACUAGAGAUGCAGAGAAGCCCUUGAUCAUUGGAUCAAUCAAGAGUAAUGUUGGGCAUUCCGAACCAGCUGCUGGUAUCUCCGGACUUAUGAAAGCUAUCAUGUCUAUGGAGAAAGGCUGGAUCCCCGGAAAUCCUACCUUCAUCACUCCUAGUCCAAAGAUUGACUUCACGGGCAACAAGGUCUUCGUUUCACGAACCGGAAUCCCCUGGCCAGCCAACGCCCCUCUUCGUGCCUCCAUCAACUCCUUCGGCUUUGGCGGGUCCAAUGCCCAUGCCAUCAUUGAAGCUCCGAAGAGCACAGAAUUACGCCAUGUAUCUUCGUACCGGACCGAUGACGAUGACUUCUCCCUGGAGGAUGAUGAUGAUGCCGUCCGCCCAUCUAUUUUAGUGCUCUCCGCCAAUGAUGCUGUCUCCCUCCGUGCCGGUAUAACAAGCCUGAGCAACCACCUGAUUAACCCACGUGUCAAAGUCAGCCUGCCUGAUCUCUCGUACACAUUGUCCGAGCGACGGAGUAGGCUCUGGCACCGAGGCUUCCUUACAACCAGGAAUACCGACCUGGCAGACAAGGAAGGGGCGUGGGUCGUGGCAAAGAAAAGUGCGCAGACGCCUAGCAUUGGCUUUGUGUUUACGGGACAGGGAGCUCAAUGGCCGCAAAUGGGCAAGGAUCUUUUGCAAUUCUUCCCAUGGACCCGAUCUAUCCUAGACGAACUCGAUCAGGUCUUGCAGGCUCUUCCCGAGCCACCAUCUUGGUCGUUGUUGGCCGAACUAACCGAAAAGCGCACCCCCGAGCACUUGCGCCAACCCGAGUUUUCCCAGCCGCUGGUUACUGCUCUACAAAUAUGCCUUGUGGCCGUUCUCGAAAGUUGGGGAAUCACGCCCCGCGCCACAGUCGGACACUCGUCCGGUGAAAUAGUCGCAGCCUAUUCAGCCGGUCUCCUCGACCGCGCCGGCGCCAUCACUGCUGCAUUCUAUCGUGGUCGGGCGGCUCUCAACCGUAAAGACGAGAUCGAAAAGGACCUUGGCAUGCUUGCAGUGGGUCUCGGCUCUGAAGCUGCCCAGGAGUUCUUGGGCAAAUACGUCGGAACAGCAUGGAUUGCGUGCUUCAACAGUCCAAGCAGUGUUACAAUCUCAGGAAAGAAGGCCACGCUCCAGGAAUUAGCUGAAGAAAUCAAGGCUGCGGGCCAUUUCGCCAGACUGCUUCAGGUGGACCUGGCAUAUCAUUCGGAACUAAUGGGUGUCAUUGGUCAAGAGUAUGAGCAAUUGCUUUCCUCGUACAAUGAGACUCACCCAGAGUCGACGUCCACGCCAGCAAGGAGCGAUGUCACAAUGUUCUCGUCCGUCACACAAUCCAAGAAGACCACCACUGCAGAUGCAUUGUAUUGGAAGACGAACAUGGUCUCUGCAGUCCAGUUCGACGGGGCACUGAAUGCAUUGCUCGAAGACGAGAACGCUCCCAACUUCCUCAUUGAAAUCGGUCCAUCAGGAGCGUUGGCGGGGCCUGUGAGCCAGAUCUUGAAAGCUCGACCAACCAAAGGAGGAGUUGAUAUCUCCUACUCCGCCGCGUGGGCCCGAGGGGCCGAUGCAGGUAAGCAGAUCUUCAACGUCGCCGGCCAGCUAUGGGCAGCAGGUGCUCCGAUCGAUCUCGCGGUCGUGAACCAGUACACUGGUAACGAGCGCACUCUGAUCGACCUGCCCAACUACACAUGGAACCACAGUGUCAAGUACUGGCAUGAAAAUGCAGCCAGCAAAGACUGGCGGUUUAGGAAAUUCCCCGUACAUGAUCUACUUGGGAGCAAGCUUUUGGGCAGCUCCUGGCAGACGCCUAUAUGGCGGGCACACCUGAAUGUGGCCAAUGUACCAUGGGUUCUCGAUCAUGAAGUGGGCGGAGAUGCGAUUAUGCCUGCGGCUGGGUACGUGACUAUGGCUGUGGAAGGGCUGUAUCAGAAAUACACAGCUCUUCUCCAGCCUGAUGAGGCAGAGGGCCUGAAGCCCAACGAUCUCUCCUACCGUGUUCGCAACGCGCGAUUCAUCCGCGCCUUGGUUCUCGAGGAGGGUAAGACCAUCAAAGUCACUACCACGUUGACAAAGGUGCCCGGAAACAAGAACUGGCAUGAGUUCCACAUCUCCUCGCCGCAAGGAGACGUGCAGUCCGACCACUGCUAUGGUCUGAUCCGUAUUCAAGAUCCCGUUGACGAGGUCAUCGAGGGUGAAGAUGCUUUGCCAUUAAAGUCACCGCAGAAUGCCAAGCUCUGGUACAAGGUACAGCGCGAGGUUGGCAUGCACUUCGGUCCCAAGUUCCAGAAGAUGCUGGAGAUUGAAACCGUCAGUGGCCAACGUAAAGCUCGCUCCCUGCUAUCACUGUCUCCCCCAGAGAGUAAAUACGAACCUCAGUCGUACUACCCAAUCCAUCCGGCAGCUCUGGAUGGUUUUGUACAAUCUCCCGUUCCUGCCAAUGCUCAGGGUGAACGUAUCCAAGCCAAAUACUCCAUGAUCCCGUCCAUCAUUGACGACCUCGUUAUCAACCGCGUUCCCUCUGUUCUGCACCAAGGAAGAUCAAUCGCGACAUCCGUGUACUCGGGCCGAGGAAGACUGGAUCAGGACAAGAGCUGGGUUGCGAAUGCAUCCGUCUACGAUUCUGAGACUGGUACACUGGUGGCUCGUAUCACGGGCUUGAACUACAUCAAGCUUGAUGUUCCUCCAAAGCCCGAUCCACACACUUUCCAUGGGGUCUCAUGGAAGCCCGAUAUCACCUUCUUGACCCAGGAUCAGAUAUUGCAUCUUACGCCAGACAAGGAAUCAACAAAACUCGAUACCAUCGUCGACCUGAUUGCGCACAAGAAGCCCGCACUCAAGGUGUUGGAGGUUAACCUCGACGAUACAGAUACUUCGUCCGCAUGGCUGGAUAAUGGCGACUCCUCCUCCCGUGUCGCAUAUUCUCGUUAUGACUUUGCUUCGGCCAGUGCCAAAGCCUUGGUUAAUGUCGAGCAAAAGUACGAGGACAAGGGCGCUGCUUCGUUCCUUAGCAUCAGUCUGGAGAAGGAAGCCCUUGGCCUGCCCACCGACGUGACCUACGACCUUGCCAUUGUCAAGGCUUCGGGGCAAACUACCCAUCUGAGCGUUGAAGAUUCAAUCAACAAGCUCAAGCCACUUUUCUCCGACGACACCUUCGUACUCUUGAUAUCUCUCAAAGACUCCUUGGAGGGUAGUGUGGAGAGUUUCGAAAAUGUGAGCGGAGUACCGACACCCGGUUCGGCUGAAUCGGUGUCGUCUCCUGGAGAUCCUCUCGAUAUCGACAUUGGCGGGGACCAAAGCUCUGUUAGUUCCGCGGCGUGGGAUGAAGAUGCCGCCAGAACAUAUCUGGAAUCUGUGAAAACUACAGGACCUGGCUCAGUCCUGGAGAUCCCUACCGCAGGAAACAGCAACUCGGCGUAUCUGUCGAGGGGAACCAGCAAGCUGGAUACCGAGCCUAAAGGGACCCUCAUUGUGGCUACUCUAGCCGAUUCAACGCCCGAAGUGGUCGCCCUCCAAAGCACGUUGGAGAAGGUCGGAUGGACUGUCGAGCUUCAAAAGUACCCCUUUUCCAAACCGAGUGACGGAGCCAUUGUGGUGGUUCUUGACGAACUAUUUGACUCCGUGCUCACAAAGGUUAACGAAGACCAAUGGACUGGUAUUAAGGAGCUGGUCACCUCAGGUACCCCUCUCCUCUGGGUCACCCAGGGCGCUCAGUCACCUGUCACUAAUCCAGACAAUGCGAUGGUCCAUGGAUUCUUCCGUGUCGCGCGCCAAGAGGAUGGCAACGUUAACCUGACCACCUUGGACGUCGAGUCCAGUUUGAGCGAUACCACUAGCUGGGCCAUUGACCAGGUCCUCAGUUUGAUCAAGAGCGGCAAAUCAACUGAAAAGGAAUACGCGGAGCGUAACGGCCUACUUCAAAUUCAGCGCAUUACCCCAGACGCGCCCCUCAAUGACUUCAGACAUGCCGAGGACGAGGGCCUUGAGCCCGUUGUCAAGAGCCUCCACGGUACUGAAGCAUUGGUGCAGCUGAGGGCCGAACAGCUCGGGACCUUGCAAAGCUUGACAUGGUCCGAGACCGAAGUCCUCACCAACGGUCCACCUGCACUGGACGAAGGAUAUAUUGAAGUGGAAGUGAGGGCCGUGGGUGUCAAUUUCAAGGACGUUGCCAUCACGAUGGGAAUUGUCCCUGACAAUGAGUACAUGCUAGGGCUCGAAUGCGGCGGCGUUGUCAAGCGACUUGGGCCGGGAGUUGACAAGUUCAAAGUUGGUGACCGUGUCUGCAUGCUCAAGGGUGGAAGUUAUGCGAACCGUGUUCGUACCCAUGUCGACCGUUGUCACAUAAUCCCAGACUCGAUGACCUUCGAGGAAGCGGCAACUCUGCCUUCGGUAUACCUCUGCUCCCUCUACUCCAUGUACCACAUGGCAAAUUUGAGAGAGGGUCAGUCUGUUCUUAUCCACUCUGCAACUGGUGGUGUCGGAAUUGCCUGCAUCCAGUUGGCUCAGUACAAAAAGGCAGAGGUAAUUUUCCUCGACCCCUUCAACAAUAAGGAUCCACUAACCUCCGUUUCACAGAUCUAUGUCACCGUUGGCACCGAAGAAAAGCGCCAGUUCCUCGAGAGCACCUAUGGUAUUCCCCGAAGCCGAAUGUUUUCCUCUCGUAACACCAAGUUUGAGCAAGAGAUCUUGCGAGAGACAGGUGGCAGGGGUAUUGACUGUAUCAUCAAUUCCUUGGUUGGAGAGCUCCUCGAUGCGUCCUGGAGGAUUGUCGCCGACGGCGGCACAAUGGUCGAGAUUGGUAAGAGAGAUAUCAUCGAUCGCAACACUUUGGCUAUGGAGCCAUUUGAUAGAAACUGCUCUUUCCGAGCCGUGGACUUGUCAUUUGUGAGAGACAUGACGGAGAAGGUCAUCGCAAGGCUGUUCGGCGAGCUCUUCGUCCUGAUUAAUGCAGGACAUCUGAAAGCCAUCACUCCUAUCACCACUUUCCCAUUCGAUAAUGUCAUUGGGGCUCUAUCACACAUCCGAAGUGGACGGCAUAUUGGCAAGAUCGUCAUCUCCCUUGGUGAAAAUGACGAUGUGCAAGUCCCCAUCCGGCCGGCCAUCCGGGGCCUUGUGCUCGAUCCAACUGUUUCCUAUCUGAUUGUCGGAGGCCUGAAGGGUGCCUGCGGAACACUAGCAAUUCACCUGGCACGACAUGGAGCGAAACAUAUUAUAAUCAGUAGCAGAAGCGGAAUCAACGACGAAGCCUCCGCUCGGAUCAUCCGCAGCUGCAACUUCCACGGCUGCGCCGUGAUCGAGGCCAAGGGUGAUGUGGCCGAUUUCGAAGUGGUCAGCGAGCUGUUCCGAUCGGCCAGUCCUCGAAUUGCCGGCAUUGUUCAGGGAGCCAUGGUGCUUCGGGAUAAACCCUACGAGACGAUGACUCUCGACGACUAUCACACGGCCAUCCGGCCCAAGGUCCAGGGAACCUGGAACUUGCACCGUGCCGCUGAGCUCCACCAGACCCCCCUAUCCUUCUUUACCCUGCUGUCCAGUACAUCGGGCAUCGUCGGCAACAAAGGCCAAGCCAAUUACGCCGCCGCCAACACCUUCCUAGAUGCCUUCGCUGGAUACCGCCACGAGCUAGGACUCCCCGCCAACACCGUGGACCUCGGCCUGAUUGAGGACGUAGGCUACGCGGCUGAGCAAGGCACGGAAUUGAACGCACGAUUCGACAAACGCAUCUGGACGCCCAUCAAUGAAGGCACGCUGCGCAAGAUCCUGACCUACUCGAUUCUGCAACAAGAUCCUGCCGCCCCGCUGAGCGCGUCCACCAGCACCGAGACAAUCACCGGAGUUGGGUUCCCGCUGCCCGUCGAAGGCACAGGCGUCGAGAGCGAUCCUCGCUUCAGCUAUCUGUUCAACAGCCGUGCGGAUGCCACAGGCGGCGUAGAGGCCAGCGAUGGCAGCGACUCGGUGGACCAGGCAAUUCGGGCAUUCCGCUUGAUGCAUAAAUCGGGCGCUGAUGUGUCUGCCUUGGGCAAAGCCGGUCUAGAGGUGAUUUCGGGACAAUUCGUCAAGACUCUGAGGCUGGAGACCGAGCCGGAGCCAGCACGACCAUUGAUCGCGUACGGGCUCGACUCACUGUCGGCUGUAGAGCUCCGGAAUUGGAUCAGAAUGAAGUUGGGAUCGGAGCUGACCACGCUGGAUAUUACCAAUGCCGGAUCUCUUAUUGCUCUGGCUGAUAAGGUGGUUUCGAAGUUGCCGCUGCUUGAGAGCAAGUGA